CAACCAGGAAGAAGCAGCAAAAAUUUCGACACCAUCGCAGCCAAGUCGUCGUCGCGCAAGUGAAAUUUUCCCGAAAAAUAAUCCCCGUAAUCCGGUGUGAGGUCACGCGAAUCCGUUGAAUUCCGGUGUGAGGGUUGAGAUCGAUCGUCGGUGAUUGUAGAGAAAGUGAAUUUAAUCGAUAUUCAACGGUGAUUUCGGCUGAAGUUGUGCUGCGAAAUUUGCUCAUAUUUUACGUCAAGGACGGUCGGCUGGGUGAAGUGCUCUGCUGGUGGACUGCGCGGGGCGUAGCGGACCCAAAGUGGUGACGGAAUAGAAAAGUUGUGGUUUCGUUUUCGAUUGAGUUUGAGCCGUCGCGGACGGAGGUCACGCGCGUUUCUUGUGUGUUGAGUAUUGUUUUGAAAGCAGACGAAGAGAGCACUUUUGACCUACAGUGCGGAAUCCGGUUUUUGGGGUUUUUGUGUGGUGCUUCUAACGAGCGACUGGAGGUUGCUGGGUGGAAAGAGAAUGUCACUGCCUGAUUUGCUCAGCAAGAGCAAUAAUAAUCAUCGUCAGCUGAAAAAGGACCAGAAAGUAAACAAAUAGGGGAAGAUUCUAGAAGACCAGCUAGCAUGGAGGGCGACAUCUGUCGGGUUUGUCGCUGCGAGGCGCAAUCCGAUCGGCCGCUGUUCCACCCAUGCAUCUGCACCGGAAGCAUCAAGUGGAUCCACCAGGACUGUUUGAUGCAAUGGAUGCGCUACUCGCGGAAGGAAUACUGCGAACUGUGCGGUCAUCGUUUCUCCUUUACGCCCAUCUACUCGCCGGAUAUGCCGAGGGUGCUUCCGCUGAAGUACGUCGCCGGAGGACUUCUCAGCUCGAUCGGGACCGCGGUGAACUACUGGAUCCACUACAGCAUGGUGGCUGUGGCUUGGCUGGGCAUCGUUCCCCUAACUGCGUACCGAACGUAUCGGUUUCUGUUUUCCGGUUCCAUCGAUAUGUUGCUGACCUUGCCGAUGGAUAUAUUCUCGACGGAAAAUAUCGCUAUUGACGUGUUCCGGGGUUGUUUUGUGGCCACAUGCACCCUGUUCACCUUCGUAGGACUCGUGUGGCUGAGGGAACAGAUCAUUCACGGUGGCGGGCCGGACUGGUUGGAACGGGAUGAUCCUCCGCCGGUGGCCCAACCACCGGAAGCCAACGGGAACGAAGAACGGCCCAAUCAGGAGAAUGCACAGGAAGCGAACGAUGAUAACAACAACAAUAAUAAUAAUAACGAUGACAACAAUAACGAGGAAGAGCACAACAACAACAAUAACAACAACUUUUUGGACAACAAUCUGAUCAAUCGGCAAAAUCAGGACCGCCCUCAAGAGCCACCGGUUGCACCUCCCGUAAUACCCCUGUUCGGUGCCCGAGCUCCAGCAGCUGCCGCACCCGGCCCAGCACCAGCCCCGCCCGUUGCAGCACCCCGUCAACCACAGGAAGCCCCAGCGCCGGACCAUGUACCGAUCGAUCCGGCCGAACCUCCGCCUCCGGUUGCCCCAGUCGAUGCCGAAGCUGAACCGGAAGCGGUCAACGAACCGGCCGAAGGUGCCGCCGACGAAGCCAACUGGAACCCGAUGGAGUGGGAACGGGCUGCCGAAGAGCUCACCUGGGAGCGACUGCUCGGCCUGGACGGAUCGAUGGUCUUCCUGGAGCAUGUCUUCUGGGUCGUCUCGCUCAAUACGCUGUUCAUCUUCAUCUUCGCCUUCUGUCCGUACUCGAUUGGAAACUUUCUGAUUUCCUUCCUGGGGAUCAUCACGCCGGGAAAACCGUUGCUACACUUUCACGGUCUGCUGACGACGCUACUGGGUUACUGCGUGAUCGGGAUCACCCUGAUCAAGCUGCAUGCCAUUGCCCGGUUCCUGAGGUGGCGCCGUCAGCGCCGUAUUCUGGGCAUGUGCUACAUUGUGGUGAAGGUGUCGCUCCUGUCGGUGGUGGAAAUCGGCGUGCUUCCACUGGUGUGCGGAUGGUGGUUGGACAUUUGCUCCCUGCCGAUGUUCGACGCCACGCUGAAGGAUCGGAAAGCGAGCUUCAAGGCGGCCCCGGGGACCUCGCUGUUCAUUCACUGGAUGUUCGGAAUGGUUUACGUGUACUACUUUGCUUCGUUCAUCGUGCUGCUGCGGGAGGUGCUGCGGCCUGGGGUGCUGUGGUUCCUGCGCAAUCUGAACGAUCCGGAUUUCAGUCCCAUUCAGGAAAUGAUCCACCUGUCGAUACUGCGCCAUGCCCGUCGUCUUGUUGCUUCGGCUAUUAUCUUCGGUUCUGCUGUCCUGCUGAUGUUGUGGGCUCCGAUCCAAAUCCUUAAAUCCGGAUGGCCCACUUUCCUACCCUACACACUCUCUGGAGAUUCCGAAGUCAACGAACUGAGUUUACAGUUGCUCUUGCUACAGAUCAUCCUACCCGGAUUCUUCGAGCAAUCGCACACACGCAUCUGGCUGAAGGGCCUAGUUCGAAUCUGGUGCAACGUGGUGGCUCGUAUUCUAGGCAUCAAAAGUUACCUCCUGGGAACGGAACCGCGCCCGAAUGACGAUGAAGUUCCGCCGCGUCAGCAGCCAGAUCUUGGCGCUGGGCUAGCCGCCGCCCAUCAGGCCAUCAUGCAACGUGACGUCCCGGUUGGGUUCCAGCCUUACGAUCGACCACCAUUCUUUGCGGUUCGUUUGGUGGGACUGCUGGUGCUAAUGUGUAUCAGUUUAGUGAUAGGUUCGCUAACGACACUGACGGUUCCGGUGUGGAUCGGUCGUCACGGAAUGGCGCUGUGGUCGAUGGGUUCGCAGAUAACUCCUCCGCCUAAUACCGCGGUCGCAACCGGAGCGGAGACACCCCCAAGGCCUCACGAACUCUACACGGCCGCCAUGGGAACCUACCUCUGUUGGAUUAUAUCGCGUGGGAUUGCUGUUGCGGUCAAUCUGUUCCCGCAAGGACGAGCAGUCGUGAUGGAACGGGUCAAACACUGGAUUUCCGUUGGAACUUCAUAUGCUCUGGCUGCGAUCAUUUUCGUACUUAUGCUCGGCGUAAUUCCGCUGAUGUUCGGAUUACUCCUGGAAUUAGUCGUAGUCGUUCCAUUGAGAGUUCCAAUAGUCCAAACGCCGGUACUGUUUCUAUGGCAAGAUUGGGCUCUGGGAGUCCUGUACACCAAAAUUGCCUGCGCUCUCACGUUGAUGGGACCGGAUUGGGCACUGAAACGUGCCAUCGAGCAAGCCUAUCGAGAUGGUCUCCGGGAUAUGAAUUUGAAGUUUAUCAUACGAGAGCUAGGCGCCCCGGUCAUCACCUGUUUCGGCCUGGCCUUGGCCGUACCCUACGUGAUCGCCCAAUCGAUCAUGCCGAUAUUCUUCACCAACCAAGUCACAAGGAUACUGAUCGCCCGUCAGAUUUACCCAUUUUUCCUGCUAAUAGGGUUCAUCAUUGUGAUCGUGAUCCUCCAAAUACGCCAGUUCAAGAAACUCUACGUUGCGAUCAAGAACGACAAAUACCUGGUCGGGCAACGGUUGGUUAACUACGAUCAUCAGCGGAAGAAGGCCGCACAGCAAGCAGCGGCGGCGGCGGCCAUAGCCCAACAGCAGGCGGCACGUGCCCAACAGCAGGCACUCCAGGACCAACACCAACAACCUCCGGUCAAUGAUCCUCCGGAUGAGCGGGACCUGCCGGAUCCGGGAGCAGCAGCCGUAGCGGCUGCGCAAGCCGUUCAGUAGAUAGACUCGAUUCGACUCGGCGAAUGGCGAGAAUUGAAACCCUGUACACAAUCAACCACCUUAUUAUUAGAUGAACCCUCUUCUGACCGUUCGUUCCUGAAAACUGUUUGAAUUUGAGUUACAGUGUGAACUGGUGGCGAUGCAGCUGAUGAUAUUCAAGUUUACAUUUGUACGUCCCAGAAAUGCGCGCAGUUGAAAGAAGACAAGAAGGUGUACACAAAACCACACACGAAGUAUAUAGGUUCUUUUUUGUUGUAUUUUUUUUAAUAUUAUAUUUGGGAAUUAUGUAUCAUAGUAUGGACACUAAAUUGAAGAAGCAAAAGAAAAUACGAAAAAUUUCGAAAAAAAAAUGAAAAUGAAACAGAAACUAAAGAUACUGUUGUUAUAGUAGUCGUAAAUAGUGAGUUUAAUCAUUAAUUUAAUAAAUGAUCCAAUGAAGAGAGAAUCAUGCAGCGGAAGGAAUGUUAGCCGUAAGUUCACAAGCGCGAGUAUGAAUAUUUAUAAUGCAAUAGAGAACAACACCCUAACUACAGCUAUAAUAUGUGCAAGCAGCAGGAACUCCUAAAACUAGAAUCGAUAGCGUAAAUAGACAAAUUGUACACACUUCACCCUCUACUAAGACAUACCUACUUUCCAAUCAAAAUUGUUGUUUUAUUCGAAGAAUCGCGGCUUGCUCUCGCAGGCGACAUGAACCCACAAUUUCAGGAUCCAGUCUCACACGUGCAUCAUGGAGGCGUCAAGUUGCAGAACUAUUUCAGAAGCUAUAUAUAGUUUCCCCCCUUUACUUGAACUUUGAAUUUCAUCGCAUUAGGUAAAUGAAAAUUGAUAAAGAACUGAUAAAAUGCAAGUAAAUGAGUAAAAGCAAAGUGUUCGA